AUGCGGCCCGGGCGCAAGGGUGAUCUACGCUCGGAGGCGAAGAGUGAGGAUCUGCCACUGUCUGGAAAUGGUCUCGCGCCGCGGCAUCGCGCGCCCCAGCUCACGUCAUCACCUACACCAAUUGGAACAACUUUUGCGAAACUUCCUCAAAAUUCGUGGAGGGAAAACCACGCGGAUUCAAAGCAGGGCCUCCCCAUGAAUUCAAAACAAGGCUUCCCCACGAAUUCAAUACAAGGCUUCCCAAUGAAUUCAAAACAAGGUUUCCCCAUGAAUUCAAAACAAGGCUUCCUCAUGAAUUUAAAACAAGGUUUCCCCACGAAUUCAAAACAAGGCUUCCCCACGAAUCCAAAGCAAAAUCUCGGCUUCAGCUUCAAAGCAAAAUCUCAGCUUCAGUUCCAAAGCAAAUUCUCAGCUUCAAAACCAAAAGCAAAUUCCCGGCGGAAAUUCAAAGCAGGCAGCGCAAAGCAAGCCACGAGACCCACGGGGGAAUUCGCUGUCACAAUGGGCACCGUGUCACGCGGCUUCUCGAGCCAGCCGUAA